UUCAACAACAAUGAAAUCUUGUCAACCACCUCUGUAGCUUGCUAGCCAAUAUAUCUGAAACAUUGGAGCUCUUUAGACGCUUAUACAUUUCCGUUGUAUCUACUAGUUACCCCAUUUCAUUGCUAAUAGUUGUUGUUAGUCAGCUAACUGUCUGGAUAAAGUAACACUAGGCUAGUCGCUAGCUAGCUAACAUCCUCGACCAUGAGCUCACUAAGCUACUCCCCCCCUGCUAAAGAAGAGGUCUGCUGGACGGAGAAAGAAACUCUCGUGAAAGUGGAGAAUGAAGAAGAGGCCGUCACCGUAAAAAAAGAGGUAGAGGGUGAAUCUGUCGCAGUGAAAGAAGAAGAGAAAGAAGUUACAGUGAAAGAAGAGGAAGGAGCUUUCAGAGUGAAAGAGGAGGACGUUACUGUGAAAGAAGACGAGGAGGAAAAUAAAAAUGAGGAUGCUUUUUUUGGAGUGAAAGAGGAGGAGAUGACUGUCGCAGUGAAGGGAGAGGGAUACGUUUUUGGAGUGAAGGAGGGGGAGAUUACUGUCACAUUGGAGGAGGAGACUGGCGAUCUGAUUAGCACCAGAGAGAGACCAGACUCUCACUCUGAAAGCGGGACGAGUCCCUCAGAGGAACCAGACCCAGAAACGUCCAAACCAGCAAGACCACAUCACUGCUCUCAGUGUGGAAAGAGAUUUAUCCAGUUAGGGCACCUGAAAGAACAUGAGAGAAUACACACAGGAGAGAAGCCUUACCACUGCUCCCAAUGUGAAAAUAGAUUUUCCUCAUCAGGGUCCCUGAAAUCACACGAGAGAACGCACUCAGGAGAGAAGCCUUUCCAAUGCUCCCAGUGUGGAAAGAGUUUUACCCGGUUAGGGAGCCUGAAAAAACAUGAGAGAAUACACACAGGAGAGAAGCCCUAUCAAUGCUCUGAGUGUGUAAAGAGUUUUAGCUGGUUAGAUCAUCUGAAAGAACAUAAAAGAAUACACUCAGGAGAGAAGCCCUACCACUGCUCUCAGUGUGGCAAGAGUUUUACCCGGUUAGGGAGCCUGAAAAAACAUGAGAGAAUACACUCAGGAGAGAAGCCCUACCAAUGCUCCCAGUGUGGAAAGAGUUUUACCCAGUUAGGGAACCUGAAAGAUCAUAAGAGAAUACACACAGGAGAGAAGCCUUUCCAAUGCUCUCAGUGUGGAAAGAGUUUUGCCCAAUCAGGGUACCUGAAGUCACAUAAGAGGACACACACAGGAGAAAAGCCUUACCAUUGCUCCCAGUGUGGAAAUAAUUUCUCCACGUCAAGUAACCUAAAAAAACAUGAAAGAAUACACUCAGUAGAGAAGCCUUUCCACUGUUUUCAUUGUGAAAAGAGUUUUAAGAAGUUAGGGAAACUGAAACGGCAUGAGCAAAGACACACAAGCGAGAAACCUUUUUCAACUACUCCUGUGGAUUGAAAUUUACUUGGGUAAAGCAACUGAAAUCACAUGAAAUAAUCCACACCAGAGAGAAACUUUAUCAAUGCUCCCAGUAGCUAGG